GAAAUCUGACUCUGGAUCCAAACACAGGUCAUCCCCAGCUCUACGUCUCUCCUGAUUUGAAAAGCGUGAGAUGGAAAGACACGAAACAGCAUGUGAACGCCAGUCCUCUGAGAUACAACUUUAUAGUCAUAAGCCAUCAAAGCUUGAAUUCUGGGAAGAUGUGCUGGGAGGUAGAGGUGGUGGAGGGAGGGGAGUGGUGGGGGGUGGGAAUUGUUAGGGAAUCUUCAAAGAGAAACGGGGUGGCUCUUUUUGAUCCUCGUGGGGGCUACUGGGGAAUUCAGCGACAUGAGGGACGGUAUGAGGCGAUCACCUAUCCCAGGACAAAUUUGACAUUGUGCCAUCCUCUGAAAAGGAUCCGAGUUUCUCUGGACUAUUCACAAGGCCUCAUAGCGUUCUUUGAUGGCGACACGAAUGCCGAACUUUUCAUUUUUCCUAAAGCAAAUUUUUCUGGAGAGAAGGUUCGCGCUUGGUUCUUGAUCUAUAAGAGGAAUGGACAGCUGAUCCUUCACCCGUGAUAUGGUGGAGCAAUGGGGUCAUCACGCUGGAAGAGCUUCAGACCAUCUGCCUUCAGCUCUCCUCCACUCUUUCGGUUUUCUCUUUCUCCAUCCCAGUUUCUAUUUCCUUUGCCUCCAAUUCCUUUUGUCCUUCUUUUCCUUCUAUCUCAGGGGUAUCAAACUCAAUUUCACUGAGGGCUACG